AUGUUGCGUAAACAAAUUUACUAUUCGGAUAAAUACAACCACGAAGAGUUCAAAUACCCGCAUGUAACGUUACCCAAGGCCAUAGCCAAACUUGUCCCUAAAACCCAUUUGAUGUCUGAGUCUGAAUGGAGGAAACUUGGUGUCCAGCAGAGUCAGGGAUGGGGUCAUUAUAUGAUCCAUGAACCAGAACCUCACAUCUUGCAGUUCCAGAGGCCGCUGCCCAACAAGCCAAAGAAACGAAGCUAG